UUACGAUUUGGACGAAUCGCAGUCACUUUAUGUCAUGUAGACACCCACUGGGAGUAUUACAACUCAAUAAUGCAUUAAGAUGUAUGUCCAAGAUGCCCAAGAAGCAAAAUACAGUAUGUGGAAUGAAAACAAAAGGUAACCUUUGUGGUGAAAAGGAUUUGAAAAUUGAAAGCUCUUCUAUCGUGACGAUGAAGAAAGAUGGGUCAUUUGCAAUUAAUGUAUUGGCCAAACCAGGUGCAAAACAAAAUAUGAUAACAGACAUCCUGCCAGAUCAACUUGCUAUUCAAAUAGCAGCGCCACCUGUUGACGGAGAAGCGAAUAAAGAACUAGUGAAAUAUGUUGCCAAAUUGUUGGACGUGAGAAAAUCUGAUGUGUCUUUAGACAGGGGAUCUAAAUCGAGGAAUAAAAUACUCAGUAUUAAAGCAGAUGGACUUACAGUUGAACACCUGACACAACGAUUCACAGAACAUAUGGAAAAUGGUUGACUAGUAUCUGACAACAUAAAGCAAAUACAAAUACAAUGUGUAAAGAAAUAAUAAGUAAUCAAUGCAAGACCGGGCUUACUUUGCCCCAGUUUAACAAUAAGGAGAUUGAAAAGUUGGACAUUUGUUUUAUCAGCUCACAAUGAAAUAUACUAUAUUUAGAUGGAGUAUAUAAAAACUAUUUUCAUAUGUACACGUACACUAUGUCAUAUUUAUGUAACCAGUAGCCGUCCAGUAAAUGUGAUGAAGCUCAUUUUAUAAGUGCUUUCGGCUACAAAAUCACAAAUUAUAUGCAAAACGUAUAUUGCUGCAUGUUAAUAAAGUACUUCAAAUGGAUCUCUUAUAUUAGGAUCAUAUUUGAACAUGUUCAUAUUUGAGUGAUGGUCUCCCACAUGUCCUUCCAUAUCUUUUCUACUCCAUCUCCACAUCACGUCGUUCAUGUCGUUGUUGUUUUCGGUGUGAAUAACGGGAGUUCGAGGAGAUCUGAUUGGCUCCUCGUAAUAAUCGUUUCCGUCGUCUACAAAAAUAUAACAUUGUAGUCAUGCACAG